AUGCAAUCGGUUCUUUAUUCCACGAGAAAACCAAUGUUGUCACUUACCGAAGAUCCCCUUUAUCCCGAUUAUAUAGCUGAUAUUUCGCGCGAAAAUCCGGUCGAAGCGGAAAAUGUUUUUUCUGAAUCUACUGGUUACACGGAUGUUUGCGCAGUGGCAUUUUCACCAACAUUGGCUGUUACAGCGGACUGUGACAUUGGCUUUGAUAUACCUUACAAUCGGUUGCAAUUUUGGUGCCGAGAUGCCAGCAAAAUAGGAUCUCUAACAUUGGAGCAUUCGGUGAACUGUGGUGAUAGGGGUGUGAAAUAUAUUCGAGCCUGCCUUGAAUUUGACAUUUUUAUUGUUGUUGAUGAAAAGGGAGUAAUAUGCACAUGGGAAAGAAAUGAGAAAAAGAAGUGGUACAAAUCGAAUGAGAUUCAUUGGAUGAAUGUUCCUAUUCUACAUUUGUCUGGAGUGCGAAAAUCACAUUUUGCUUCUAUCCAUGACGUUCGUUUUUCAAGGAAUACUAUUACUCAAGAAAAUGAAGGAGUUAUGGUGUUGUGGCGUGUAGAACCAAAAGGGACCCUGAAACGGGUGCAUAUUCAUCAGGGCGAUGGCAAAAUUAAUACUGUGGAAUGGGCGAAUUUAGACACCGCCGAAUUGCUUGUUCUGUCAACGAAAAGUUGUGGAGUAAUAUGCACAUGGGAAAGAAAUGAGAAAAAGAAGUGGUACAAAUCGAAUGAGAUUCAUUGGAUGAAUGUUCCUAUUCUACAUUUGUCUGGAGUGCGAAAAUCACAUUUUGCUUCUAUCCAUGACGUUCGUUUUUCAAGGAAUACUAUUACUCAAGAAAAUGAAGGAGUUAUGGUGUUGUGGCGUGUAGAACCGAAAGGAAUUCUAAAACGGGUGCAUAUUCAUCAGGGCGAUGGCAAAAUUAAUACUGUGGAAUGGGCGAAUUCAGACACCGCCGAAUUGCUUGUUCUGUCAACGAAAAGUUGUGUCUAUGCAUUUGAUAUUUGUACGCUCACACCGUUAUGGGUAGCUUGCGAGCCAAACUUGAAACUUGCUGUCACUUCGCAGUUCACAGUGGCGUAUAAUGCGAACGUUAUUUCAAUCGUUGAUUGCAAUUCCGGUACACUUUUAUGUCACAAGGAGAUGAAUCUCCCAGUGGGAAAUGUUGCAGCUAUUGGAAAAGAUGAAAUGUUCUGUGUAGUUGCUGCGAAUCAAAAGCAAUCACAGAAACAGUUUGCUGUGAGAAGCACUGCCACAAAGACACCAUUCUCGAAACUGAUCACAGUUGGCGACGCGAAUGAUAAAAAUAUUGAGAUUCCCAUGGAAACAGCACCAAAUAUUGAUCUUCUAUCUGGACCAGCAUAUUCUCUCGCGCCAAUCCCGUAUUUAGCUCAGAGAUUCAUUCGAUCAUGCUUUUUGCCACCGCGACGAUUGUGA